CAUUGUACGAUUGGCAAGAAGAAGGAAUGAACGUAAAAAUAAAGAAAUUAAUAAAAAACCAAAGUCAAGAACCGCGCAAGCGAAGCACCGAUAAAACUAUGAAAGGGAGAGCAGGAAAUGUGUGGAUCGCUUCAAUAGCAAGUGUGCACGACCAGACAUGCAUACCAAACAAAUUCUUGCAUGAAUUCUUAAUACAAAUGCAAUACAGUAAACCCCUGUCCGCAAUACUGCUCGGUAGUCUCCUGUUAAUGGGCCUGGCCAUGGCCCAGGAGGAUCGCUCCUCGGAUGCCCCCCAUGUGCGGCACAAGCGUGGAAUCUUCUGGGACUUUUUCCAAAAAAUGGUCAUUACCAAGAACCUGAUAGUGGAUCAAUAUACGGACACCAGGAACACCCUGAAUGAUAUAUACAACACCGUCAACGAGCAGUUCAGCGAUCCGGGCCCGGCGAAGCCCACCAGUCGUCCACGCAGCACAACCGAGAAGGCGUCCGUCAGUGGGGAGGACAGCGGAAGUGGGAGCAGCAGCAGCGAUGAGCCCACGACCACAGACGCAUACAGGAUAUCCCGCUACGAGCUGGGCCGCAUCCUUGGCCGCAACUUCCGGGGCUUGCAGCGCCUGGCGAUGAGCGAGUUUGGAGAGGCCCUCAAUGCCACCAAGUACAAUCUGAAGGAGUACAAGUCCGAGGCGGAUCAGCAAUUCGCCAACAGCCUGGCUGUCGAGAAGAAGAACAAACUGAAGAGUCUCAAGGGCUGACACUUGUAGGAUACCACCAACUCCCAACCAGUGCCUGAUAGUAGUUGUCUCUGUGAUAGGCUUCCUGCAUUACUACAUAUACAUAUAUGAUAUCUAUUCUUUUUUUUUGUUUUAUUCUUGUUAUUUAUUUGCCAGUCUCCCUGUUUGGCUAUGGAAUAAAGUGGGGAAUGCGGAUGGGUGGGAAGUUUGAAUGUCCCCAAACGCAUGCGGAAUAGUGUCUACGACUAUUUUUGCGUCAAAUUAAAAA